AUGAGGAUCCUUAUGUUGAUAAUUGCUGUCGCCACGACAACCAUGUGCUACGCCAAACACAGCUGCCCUCAAUUUUGGAAUCUGUUCGAGGGGAACUGCUACCGUUACCAGGGGGAUAGACUGACCUGGUCGGCUGCUGAAGCUAGAUGUAAUGAGUACUUCACCACCAAGGGAAUGGGACAUCUCGCCUCUGUCCAUAAUCUCGAAGAGAACCGAUUCAUCUACGAACUCUUCAAAUCCAGCGUGGACAUUAACAACAUACCAGACUGGGAGUAUGAUAUAGAAGCUCGUUAUCCAGUCUAUGGAAUAUGGAUUGGUCUUCAUCAGACUGUGGCAGACGGAUCCUGGGUGAACUCUGAUGGUAAAGCACAAGGUAGUUUCGAGAGGUGGAUCGAAGGAGAGCCCAACAACAAUUAUUACGAUCAUUCACAGGUGGAAGACUGCGUCCACAUUUGGCGUCUGAGAGAUGACUCUGACACUGCUCAAAGAUGGAACGAUAUGUACUGCAACGAGGUGAUGUCUUUCGUCUGUAAGAUGCCAGCGAACGAAUUCUAAACCCAGCUGAUAGUAAAUGACGAUAGUCAGAAU